GAUGGCACGUUAGUAGCAAACGGUCAUUGUGGAAUUAAACAAGUGUUUCGGAAAUACGUCGCGCUAUUGAUAUUCGAUUCAUUCAAGUGUUGAAGAGAUCAAGUGUCGAAAAUAACAAAUAAAUAAAUUUGCGUUCGAGAUAAGGCAAAUCAGUAUUUAAUUAUAGAAACGUACAUACGUUCGCGGAAAGUCGAAAUCAAAGUAAGCGUGAAUUCAAAUUAAACAUAUACAUACAUAUAUUUAUGUACGUUAAAGUUUAAAUCUGAUGAAAGUGCCGAAAAGGAAAUCGGUGCAUAAAUUCUAUAGCCAGCCCUACUACCUUCAAACGACAACAAUAGCCGUAAGCCUAAAUAACAACAACAACUAAUUGAAAUUUGAAAAAAAAGUCGGGCGUGCAGUCUGACCAACGUGGUCUGACCAAGAACGAAGCACCAAAAUUAGAAAAUGUAAUUGAAAAUCAAAAAUAAAAUGUUUGUGAGCAACCCGACCACAAGUGAAAAGUGUGUUAGAAUUUGUGCUAAGAAAUUAUAUAUGUGUGUCUGCGUACAGCAAGAAGCAGAAAUUGUGUGUGCUCUGCAAGUGAACCGUCUCCAGCGACCAAGCGAUUACGCAUCGAACGACGAAUCGACGACGAUUCACCAUUUUUUGUAUAUGUAAACCCCAACUUAACCAUUAACUCAUCACAAUUACUUGUAACGAAAGUAAAGUGCUACGAUAAUCACACAAUCAUGACUGAGGAAAACAACAACAAUAUUGCUAAAAACAAUCACAACAACACAAACAGCCAGAAGGUGGACGAUACUGGCGGUGGUGGUGUCUGCAUCGACAGCCGCCUAAGUGAGACUAUGAAGCUCCACGCUGGACUGGAUGUAAAGAAGAAGCUGGCGCCUACACUCACCAUCAACUCCGACACCGAGGAGGGUUUCCUUUCGACGUCGCCGGACAGCAACCAGGGUGAGCAAUCGCUACAUGGCAAAUGCAACGGCAGCAGCAGCACCACACUGACCGCCACGGCGGGCUCCACACAUGGAGUGUUGCCGAUGCCGCCGCCCGUCUGUCUCUGCACGAAUCCGGAGAACUGUGUGACGUUGAAGAACAUUUUGGACUCCUUCAAGUCACCGCUCUCUGAGGAGCAGGCCUGGGCGCUGCUGUAUCAAUUCAUGGUGCUCUAUCGACAGGUGGCUGCUGCUGGGCAGAGGCACAUCUUCAACGAACUGGAGAUACCGGAAGGCAUUGAGAAUUUGAACUUACAUCGCGACGGUGCAGUGCAUUGCUCGUGGUCCGAUGAGGAGCGCAAGGAGAGGGAGGCGCAUAUACAGCAACAACAGCUAUAUCAACAGAACAAACAAUCUGCCGAGGAGCAGGAGGCGGACGGGGAGCCGCACGGUGAUGACAAUCACGCGCUUCUGGUGGCUUCACAUAAAAAGAUCCUACGCAAAGUCGCAGUGAUCGUGUACACCGCAUUGGAUUACAACCUGACGGAGGAUGAACAGUGUCAAAUGUCACACGAGCUGGAAGAGCUGAUUGCUCACAUGACAGCAGAAGAAAACGAUGAUGACUGCAUCGAUGAGGGCAUUGAUGAGGGCCACCAACGUUGGGAUGAUGAGGGCGAUGAUGAGAAGUGGAUUGAAACCAAAGAAUUUGAUUAUGUGCUUGAGGCCUGCAAAAAUCACGUGAAGCCCACUGUACCUGAGGAGCACUACAAGGCGGUCUGUCGUGCGCUGGUCACCGAAACAAUCGAAUUGCGCAUAUUCCUGCAGCAGGUCUUGAACGAUGGUGCCGACAAUCUCCAUUUAGAAGCCGGUUCUCAAACAUCAAAACAGGAGUUAGCCAAACUAGGCUUCAACGAUUGGGCACGCUUCUGGGUCCAGGUGAUCGAUGAGCUGCGGCGCGGUGUACGUCUGAAGAAGAACAAUUAUUCGCGCACACCCAUCGAGUACGAGUUGACACCGUAUGAGAUACUCAUGGAGGAUAUACGAACCAAAAAGUACCAGCUGCGCAAAGUGAUGGUGAACGGUGAUAUUCCGCCACGCGUGAAGAAAGAUGCCCACGCCAUGAUAUUGGAGUUCAUCAGGUCACGGCCGCCACUCAAAAAGGCGUCCGAACGUAAACUACCGCCACCCAUUAAACGCACACCAUCGCCGCGCGAACAACUCAUGGACUCGAUACGAAAGGGACAAACACUGAAGCACAUACAACCGCCAACACCGCCCCGACUCAAGGAUCGAUUGCUCCCACCAACCACACAACUAAUGACAACAACAACACCAGCAGCAACAACACUGAAUCAUUCAUCAUCAUCUGCAACAUUAAGAGCCGCCGCAGCAGCAGCAACAACAACGCCAGCGCAUGCAACGGUGAAUGCAUUGAAAUUAACGGAGCACAUGGAACCGCAUCUGACGCCGCGCUCCAAGCAGCGGCUAAUCAAAGUGGAUUUCUCACUGUUGCAGGAUGAUGACAAUUUCUUUGAUGAGCCGUCGUCAACUGUCAGAUAUGGCAACUGUCACAGCGCACAUGUCGGAAUCUGCUCGCAGCCGCAAAUGCCUCCCUACCCGAUCGGCGGCUAUAUGACGCUGGGCGCGGGCUAUGGUGGCCCUGCGAGCGCCGUGACUAACAACAAUGUGAGGGGGCAUGCGCCCACAACGCAGUUGCCGUCAGCGCUGACUACGCGGGUGCUACGCCGAACAAAGGACUCGUACACCGAGGAUGAGUACCAUAGGUUCUUCGACAACGCGCUGGAAUCUUACGAUCUCGCCACGCAAUGCGAGUCUCGGCGCGCCUCGUUACGACGCCACACCAUCGUCGGCUGUCAGAGUAAUUUCGACGAGACUCAUUCCAUGCCGCCAUCGCGACCCGAAUCCCGACAGUCGGAUGUGAGUUCUAUGGUUGUGCCUGGCGGUGGCGCAGAUGCAGUUGCAGGCACAACUAAACAGCUACACAAUAACUAUAAUCAAAAGCAACAACAGCAAUUGAAGCGUUCCCAAAGUCCCGUUAUCGGAGGCAGUCACUGCGCACGUGCCGGCGGUGAGAGCAGCGAUUGCAGCCGUUCGUCAUCCUCGGUUGGCCCAUGGAGCAAGUCCUUUCUGGAUGAGAAAACCUGGAUCGAACGCGGUGACGAUCGUCUCUCGUUGACGCUGGAGGAGAUCGUGCACAUACGUUCGGUGAUGACGAAGGCCGAGCUGGAAGGACUGCCUGUGGGUGUGCGUGUCAAGGAGGAUGUCGAAAAGCGCAAAGUCUGUUUCCUGUGCCUACGUACACGUUUCUCCAUAUUCGGACCUUGGGGCAUACAAUGUAAAUUGUGCCAACGCACGGUCUGUUCCAAAUGCUAUACCAAGAUGAGAAUACCAACGGAACAUUUCCGCAAUGUGCCGCUGGUCUUGAUUUCGCCCUCAUUACUCGCCAGUCCGGCUGGCUCCAGCACGCCAUCACCAUCGCAUCACGCUCACCACACUCACUCGUCUUCAACGGGCAACAUAUUGGACGAGACGUUCCCCAAAUCGUUAAUUGAGCGUCUGUUGCGUUCCGAGUCAGAGCGUAAGACUCGCAACACGGUGGGUAGCGCUCCGUCAUCGCCCAAACACCAAAGAUCCAACAUGAGUACUCCCGGUACGAGCCACAUUAUGACCAGCCGACCGGGUACCUGUGUAACCGGACAAGCCAUCGAGGCGGACGAUGCUUCCGCAGUGACGUCUUCUUAUAACAGUAAUCUAUCAAAUGGCGCUAACAGUAAUAUGUACGCCAACAACAACAAACACAUCAAUCUAAUGUCACGCAGCAUGGAGGGACCACGUAGCUUGCCUGCCAACAGUCCUGCGCGCGCGCACUCCAACAGCAGCACCUUGGACCGGAAAACGAAGUUUUCACGCGCCUUCACACUAUCCGCAUCGGGCACACAACUCAGCCAGGAGCAGAAGGAGAACAUGCGCGGUGAGCUGGUCACCGUUUGCAACGACUGCAAGGGUCUGGUCAUGGAGAUCACACGCUCCUCCAAACAGACACGCUCCUCGGCGCGCAAUCGAGCGCUGCAAAACCUCACGCUCGACCUCUCCCCCGUCUACAAGUGAAAGGCAAGCAGCGGACGAACGGAUAGGCCGUGACCUCCUCUGAAUGCAGCUGAAGUUGAAAUACGCUGUUCACGCGGUUGAUGAUUCCUGCACUUCCAAAUCACUCUUCCCUUAAAGCGUAAUUUUACAUAGACAUACGAACACAUUUGGGCCGACGCACCAAACGACGCGUCGCCAAGUGUGCACCACUGUUUGUAAAUAAACAACAACUAAGCAAUUUA